AUGGCCUACCGGCUUUCGAACCAGAUGGCUGGAUCCAGAAAAGAGGCAGCCCGCGGCAUCAGCUUGACCAACUUCUUCGUCGCCUCCUCCGCCCUGUGCUUCCAGGUGUUCGUCCUAUAUCCGUGGCACAAACAGCUCGACGAGGCCUUCGAGGACUUGAAAAAGGAACAUCUGCGGGUUCUGAACACCGAGGCGUCCCGCAUCGAUGAGCUGAAGAAGCUCCAGAACCAGCUCGUUGAUCUCCAGGAGAAGAGAAAGAAGUGGUGGGCUUGA